UUUGAACUGUAAGUACGAAUAUUAAAGAUGAGUGAACGUUUAAGUGAACGUGAUAAUGCCAUUGUGAAUUGUAUUUUUAAUCCAAAUUUGCCCAUUGGAGAAAGUAUCGAUUGUAGUGAGGAACUGAAAGAUGAAGAAACUUUACCUGAAGAUCAAGAAAUUACAAGAAAAAUGGAAAUCGAAGCUGUAAAUCUAGCGGAGAAGGGAAAUUUAACAGGUGCGCUGAAGAUUAUAAACGACGCAAUAGAAAUAGCCUCUAAUAGACCAUCUUUGUACAACAAUCGGGCGCAAAUACUACAGUAUUUACGUAAUUUUGAAGAUGCAUUUGAAGAUGUAACCAAAGCCAUACAACUAUGUUCAGAUAAACACAAGAAAACGUUAAGUUUGGCAUACUGCCAAAGAGGUAUACUUCAUAAAAUAUUCGAAAAGAUAGAUUUAGCAAGAGAAGAUUUUGAGACAUCGGCAAAAAUGGGUAAUAAAUUUGCUAGGAAGCAGCUUGUCGAGUUAAAUCCAUAUGCAGCAUUAUGCAAUCAAAUGCUAAGACAAGUGAUGGACAAAUUAAAAUAAAUAUUAUUUACAAGUAUGUUUAAUUAUAUAUUUAAGUGUACACCACUAUAUUUUAUUUAAUAUAAUUUUAAAUGCAUUAACCUGUCGUAAAUCAUUUUAAUAACUAUAAUAAAUAGGUCGGCCCCUUAAAAUCUCUUCAUAAAGAUAAAAGGACGUUUUCGGAGUGGACCCUGUACACACUCUCAAAAUAAAUAGCACCAAUUAUAAAAUUAUACCAGAUAAAUAAAAGUAGGUCAAUUUCAACUAUAUAUCAGAGAGAUUUAAAUACUAUAUAAAUAAUUUAAUAAAAGUAGCCUGGUUUAAAGAUACACUUUCUUGACUUUGCAUCAUUUUUAUAGUUUUUCUUAUGAUUCCAUUUGCAAAUUAAAUUUGUAGGUACUGUUACCAACACGGUAAAUUUUGAUUAUAAAUAUCACACAUAUAAACAAGCUAUCACUACAAUUAAAGACAAGUAUUUUUCAAAUUCAAUGUGGACAAUAAUUUAGAAUUUGCUUCUACUAAUGUACUAGUUAUUUUUCUGCCUUAACGGUGAAGUUAACAUUACCACCUUAAUAAUGAAUAUUAAAACAGUAAUGAAGCGUUUUAAGCAAUUUGAAAACAAACUUCCUAAAGAUUUUAUAUUUGUGUGCAAUUUUAUGUUUAAUAUAAAUGUUUAGUUCAUAUCAUAAUUAUUAAAAUUGAUAGUAAAUCAUGGGAAGUCUGACAAAACAGUAAAGUAUCAGAGCGGUAUUAAAUAAGUUAUGAACUUAUUCCAAGCAAUAGUCGAGACUACGUAUUGUAUGACAUUUAUUGCAAAAAACUCUAGAUGUUCUAUACUCUCUUAACUGUUUCUCUCUGUUUAACCCUCUCUUAAAUGUAUGUCUCUUAUAUCAAGUCAUGAAUCCAACAAGUCAUAUUUUAUUUCUAUUUAAUUUUUUUUAAUAAAAAUAUAUAAAGUACGCAAAUCUUUCAGCUGGACAUAGGUAAUAUACAUUGAGUUAAGUGUGGCAAUUGCGCUUUCUCGAGUCUACGCCAAUAUUCCAACACACUAAGCGUUAGUGACAGCCUAUAAUACGAUUGAUAACUCGAUAAUCGGCAUCUUAGAAUCUAUUAGCUGUACACAAUUACACAUUUAUUUUCAAUGGGAACCGAAAAGCGAAGAGUAUCGUUUUAAAACUUUCAUUUAAACUUCUUCAGAAAAGGUUCAAAUAAGUAAAUGGUAUUAUCAAGGCAAUUCUUCGUCAGAAUGUGUAGAUCUUUUUGCUAAUACUUUCAAAAAUAGUAAUAGACCCAUAACCUGUAGACAAACAAUUGCAACUACGAGAUCUCCCGAUUCGACUUCCAUGGAUUUAUUUUUCUGGUGACAUAUUAAAUCCACCAUCUAUGGCAAAGAUCUCGAGAGGACACAUAAUCUAGUUGAUUUAGAAAAUAAAAUAAAAAAUGCAUGUGCUACGAUUACGUCACAACAGCCUUGCAAACGAAAUAGACUAGGUUAUUGUCUUGCAAAAGAAGGUGGUAUAUUUGAACGUUUUUUUUUUAGUUUACUUAUUUCCUUGUACUAUAGAAUGUAUUGUUUUUCAAUUUCUUUAAAUGAAUUUUAUUUAUGUUUAACUACUUUUGGAGUUAACUUAAUUAAGGUUUUUAACUGCAUUGCAAUAACAAAUUAUUUACGUAGCAAAAUUAACUCCCUCGAUGCACAUGCAAUAUAAUAGUAAUUGAUACUAAAAGUUAAAUAAAACUAAAAUGUCUGUGGUCUUGAUGACAGUAGUGGGUUUGAGAAAACGCAGUUGCCACACUUACUUUUUUUACGUUUGUACUCUUGCUUUUUUAAAUAUUCUUUUAAUUUUCCUUCUACUUUUAACAAUCAUACUGUACGGAAAUGUCAUUUUUUCUCAAGAAAUUUUCAGCAAAAUGAUUUGAAACGAUGUCUUAUAAAAAGAAAAUGAUAAAAAGUCAAUGAGGUUCACAAAGUGUGUCUUUAAACCGAGUAUCAGUACUUUAUUUAUAAAAAAUAUCAAGAUUCAUUCUAAAUCUAAAAAAAAAAUUGAUUUCAAACACUAAAAUUGAUUUUAAAAAAUCUGACUAAAAAUCAGAACAUUGACUUCAAAAAUUUUUGAUAGAAAAUGUUGAGUAUUUUUAUAAUCGUUAUAUAUUUCCCAGGUAAAAUAAAAUAAACUCUCAAUGCUCAUUCAAAAUAAUAUAAACGUAUUACAGAGUAUAUCAAUUACAAUUAGGGAAAAGAUUUUAUUACUUUGUCGAAUUCCAUAAACAUAUUUUUUAAUAAUGAUUAUAAUAUCCAUAAGAUAUAUUUUCUAAGGUCGUUAUUGCAUUUUCUUCUUUAGUAUUAUUAUUUACAAAAAAAGUAAAUGGUACAGUUCUCCCCAAAAAUAUAUUACACGUUGACAGUCGAUGUCGUAAAUAUAAUAUAUUUUUUUAAACAAAUGUUUUAACUACAUUAUGCAGAUCAUUUAGAAUUCGCUUCCGCUAAUGAACUAAAGAACAAUUCUCUUUGCAUAUUUUUUAUCGUGAAAUAAAUAUGCACGUAUUCAGCAGUCUAUUUUCGUAUCAAAUUACUAAUUUUCUUUGAACGGAUUAGAGCUCCAACGGAUGAUAUAUCUGCGGAGAGAACUUUACAAGUUAACAUAGGAAAUAAAAAACUGUUUAUGGAACAUGAACCCUAAAAACUUAAACAAUCAUCUCCAAAAAUGGGUCAAACAUAAACAGUAAGUAUAUAAGAAGACAGAUGUAGUACAACGCAACACGUGUAGUCACUUUACCAUCAAUAGAAACAUGUUUUAAGAACCUGUUUACAUAUUAACAGGAAGAGCACCACCCCCAAUGUUAAAUCUUAACUUUCUAUAUGGAGGAAUGUGAUUCUUCUAGACGACAACGCUUAGCUGCAUAUAGCGGAUUUAACGAUGUAAACAUUGAAAAACUUACACCGAUGACAUCUGUUAGCGACAAAUGUUUCAAUAAAAACGUUUAUAAUAUAGAAGAAAAAUGAAUCUUCACUGUGUGCUAUCUACAAAAUUAAUAGUUUGAUUCCCAUUUAUAUUUGAUCCAAAAUCGUAGUUCACUAGUUAAAAAUCUAUUAGUAUACACCACUACCAGCCGAUCGUUUACCCCCACUACCGAGAUGAUUCAACAGUUUUAUGGUCUUAUUUUUAAUGAUUGUUGAAAAGUACAAUAUGCAAUCAUACUUAAAUAAUAGUUUAUUAGUUAGUACUACAUUUAUGAAUUGAACCGUUUGUCUAUAUACUCUGUACACAGGUGCAUAUCUUUUGGUAUUCAGGAACAAAAAUAAUUCAACGAAAAAAAACCAAAGUACCCCUAUAAAAAUAUUUUAUUAGCCUGAAAUCAAUCAAACUAACCGACCAAGUACAUUUCGAGCUGUUUGAACUACUUGCCAUCUAAUAACAAUCUAAUUCAAGUUAUCUAUAGUCAGUUUAAAAGAUUUAUAUACAAGAACUAUUAAAAUGUAUUAUUUAAACUACAAAUUUUCCUUCCAGCGGAAAAAAUUAGCCAAUUAAAAGGAAAUAUGUUAUAUGAAUAUAUGUUUAGGUAAAGAUCUUCUCGAUAAUAAAAAUAAAAAUACUAAAAAACUAUAAUAAAACAAAGUUUUUUGUUAAAUACAUCAAGCAGGAGAACUGUAACAAAUUUGAUCUUAUUAAAAGGUAGUCAAUAAAAAACUUUUAAUACCACUAUUAAUCUUAUGACCAAUAUUUAUUUUCUAAUGAAGAAUCAAAUGGUGUUGAAAUAUAAAGUCGAAAUAAUUUUAGAUUUAAUGUUAAACAGCUCACCUAUAUAAACAAAAAUAGUCUUCUUAUUUAAAUAAAAGUGACUAUUAAAACUCCUAUCAUUAGAAGGUCAUUUAAUAUGGAAAUUAGUUCAAAUCGCACGAGGGAACCCGAUAUAAUUUUCUCUACCACAGUAUGUGCACAAAGAUUUAAACAUUAAAGUCCUCUAAUUGCUUAGGAUUCAACAUCUUCCUGCUCUAUAAUUUCGAAAUCUUUGCCUGUACUGGAUCGUUGGCUGGAUUCGCUUUCACUUUCAGAUCCAUUGUUAUCAAGCUGCUGCUCCCUGUUUUCAGGUCUGAAAUUAAAACAAAAUUUUACGCAAUGUAGCGUAUAUACAGUGCUAGUCAAAAGUCCG